AGCAAGCCGGUUGCACUGUGGUGUUUAGUUUGUGAUUGUGUUGCUUUUAAAUUUGUUUUGUUUUUUAAAUGUAUUUUGUUUGUUCAUCUGUAGGGUGAGCUGUGUGACGUUUUCAACUAACAUAUUCACAACUACCCGAGGAUGUGAGCGCCGAUUAUUGUUAUUUUUAAGCUAAACUAUGAAGUUUGUUGCGGUCAUCAUAUCUGUACUAAUUACAGCAAGGAACGUUCUGUCAGACACAUUGCACCUGCAAGCGAGUGUCCGAGGAGAGGCAGAGCUACCGUGCACUCUCCCCCAUCAACAAAAUGUUUCAAGUGAAGACGUGAUGUACAUACAAAAAAUGAACUCUGUGGUGUUUGAACUGUAUAAAGGGAAAGAGAAAUCAGAGCAUCAAGACAAACUGUUUACCAACCGUACUUGGCUGGAUGCAGCAGGAGGAUCUGUCUGGCUCAAAGAUAUCAGGACAGCAGAUGAAGGACUGUACGGUUGCUUCAUUCUACGAGCAGGAUCUGUUCUGAGCUCACAAAUCGAGUUAAGUGUUGUUGCUAACUUCAGUGUUCCAGUUAUAUCUCUGUCACCCACGGGCCCUGUUAACUAUGGAGAUGUAGUGAACUUAACCUGCACGUCCAACAACGGUUAUCCCAAUGCAUCGUUACAUUGGAUUGUGAAUACAGAAAACCUCAUUGUGCAAGAAGAUUAUUUCAGUGUUACAUCUGAUUGGAUCCAAGACCCUGAAACAAAAUUGUUCAAUCUUACCAGCGUUUUAAAUAUCAACGUCACAACUGAUUUAAUGAUACUCUGUUCUCUGUACAACAGCACUCUGAACAACAGUUUAAUAUAUUUAGAAUUAAGGGAUAUAGAACACACUUCUCGGACAUACAGCCGAUCUCAUGUUUUCGGAUUCGUUGCAGCGAUCCCUCUGCUUGUGCUUGUGCUUGUUAUUGUGGUGCUGCUAAAGAGGAAAUGUCCAUAGAAAGAAGUGAAAAGAAAUGAAGAUUGUGACUGUUUGCCUUAUUACUGGGUAUCAAGUCCCUGCACAACAAGAGGAUUAAAUGAAUCCGGACUAGAUGGCAUGCUGUUAUGACAGGGAUGUAUACACAGAUGUUCUGUUGGUCUUGAAUAGAACACGGGAUCAUUCAGAAAGUUCAGAGGGACUACAGACAGAUGUUUGUAAGGAUUAGGCAUCAGGAAAGCACUGGGGGCAUUUCUAAAAGCUACUUUAAGCUAAGCAACGUAAGCUUACUGUAAGAACAAUGUAUACAAACUACGGUGUUUUCCUCUUCAUGUUUCCAAAUGUAACUGACCAUCCGGAGAACUUGCAAUGUGUGCUGUACAAAUAAUAGCUGCUUUGAAUCGUCAGCAACUCUGCACUUUAAUAGAAGAGACUUCAGCUACCCAGGAGACAAGGGAUACCUGGAAAACAAAUAUUUCUUAAUAUAGCUAAAGCAACUGCACCUCACUGAAAAGAAUAACCUGAAAAGUACUACUGAAAAUGCUAUGGUACUUCAGAUCAAUUUAACUGUCAAAGUACUUUUCUGUAAAUUCUGUAUUUUUAGUUCUAACAGUAUUUACUUGUACAAUACAUCAAAUGGUUGUAUUUAAAAUUAUACAUUUUAUAAUUAAAUAUAUAUAUAUAUAUAUAUAUAUAUAUAUUUUGGUACCUUUUUUGUAAUAUGUCUAUAUAGCUUUAAAUAAUACAUUGUUCUGCUUUUUAUUUAUUUAAAACUCAAAGUGCUAUUUAAGAAUUUAAUAUAUCUUGUGUGAAGCAUUGCCCACUGUGCAGUAGCAAUUAACCCUGAGCGAUAUUGUAUGCAUCCCAAAGUGAAAGCGCAUGAUGAAGGGGACAGGCCGUAGCAUGGUAUACUGUUGUUAGCUGUAAGUUUAAUUCUGUGUGGGGCAUAUAUGUGAACUGAUCAAAGGUUUUAUUAUAAUUUAGCUUUUACAUGUCUCUUUUAAACAGUUUUUUUUGUGUCAUUGUCUUUUAAAUUUGUGUAAUGUGUUUUUUGUUUUGUUUUUUUAUUAUUUUCAAGUGGUUUUGAAACUUUGUAUAACCAAACUAACACUUUUAAAGCCCUUUUGUGUUGUGGGGGUGGGUCUUUUGAUCUGAAAAAUCAUAUUGUGCCAUCUACCACAUACCAGCAUUCGUAAACACAAGCCAUCCCAGUUUAAUUUAUUGCCAAGGUUACCAGGUGCUGAUGUAGAGAAUGUGGUAUUAAUUAUAGUUAUACCAAA